AAGGGAAGAAGUCUUGAAGAUUUGGAUAUAGGAAAACCUUAGGGCGAUUUUCAUCAUAUAUUCCGCUUCACCCGGAUGUCCGCAGCGAUUCUUUUGGCUUCUGAACUUUGCGGGUGGAGCUGAACCUGACAGCCAUGGGAUGCUCCAGCAGCAAGGAACCAGGAGUCCGAGGAAUUCAAAUGGAGAAUGCCAACACGACUGUGCAGAAGGAUUCAUCGGAGACUCCUGAGACUGCACGUUUGAUCGAGGAAGGGCAGGUCCAGCUCGUCAAAUCGUCUCAGCCCCUACUUGCCACUUCGGGCAACAAGGAAACUCAGAAGAUUAUUGACAGGCUCACAGCUGGGGAGGACUUUGAGACACACAAGUGGCGGUGCUUCUUCAAUCCAGAUAUGGCUUACUACAGUCUCAGCCCUUUCGCACGCUUGACAGUAGAAAUGGUAGAAGCGCGCAACCUCAUUCCCUCAGUGACCAGCAGCUUUGAAUCCUAUUUGGGUGACGAACCAGAUGGUUUUGUGAAGGUCUAUGUGGAUGAUUGCUUCAAGUACUCAACAAGUUGCAUCAACAAUGAUCGCAAUCCCCAGUGGAACGACACACAAGUCUUUGACAUCGUGGCCGACAAGAGCAUUGUGCGUUUGCAUGUCUACGACUCUGACUCCCAUGACAACUCCACGCUCAUAGAUCCUAUUGGCUUCGUGGAGUUUUGCAUUGCAGACAUCCCAUUUGACCAAGUGAUUGAUGGCUGGUUGGAGCUUCGCUUCCCAGGAAAUCUCCAAGGAAUCAAUACUGACCGAUACGCCGAACACAUGGCUCAACGUGAGGAAGAGAUGCAAACGCCGAUGCCCACGAAGCCUUCCAUUGAACAAGAUGACAGCAACAAUCCUGCUCCAAAGGCGAAGUCCAAGAAGAAGGAGGCGGCAGACCCUGCAGAUGCCUACAAAGUGGAGGCGGCUAAGAUCAAGACCUCUUUCACGAAUCGAAUGUUCAAGCGCAUUCGAGCGGGCUCAAACAAAAUGAUGGGAAGGGUUGAAGAACCACCUCCUGACACCCAGUUUAAUGCCGGUGAGAUUCAUGUCCGGAUGAAGCUUGAGAGGUGCGUGUCUGAAAACACGGCCUUGUUUGCCAAAGCACUGGUACCAAGCUGCAUGACCUUUGCUACCUUUAUCCAGGAGGAAUUCUUGCCAAAGCUUGAUGUUCAGGAAUUGCUAGACGAUGCAUUGGAUCUGAAGAUUGAGAUCGUCGAUGAGAUGUUCUUUGCAGUUGCCGCUUUUUUCAGCUACGUGCUGGCAUGGCGUUCUAUCAUGGUUUCCGGGCUUCUUUUCAUUUGUGUCAUGUCAGGAGCAAAGUCCUCAAUGCUGGUUUACGGUUUUUGGCAUUUGUGGCUCGCACUCGUGCUUGUCUUGCUGAAGUUUGACAGCUGGCGGCUUCCCAUGACAACCAAUGGGUACAAUGCCCCGCUGAAUCAGGAAGGUUUGCAGUUGAUCGCUCAAUGCCGAGAUGUCAACGAGAUGUACUACUAUCUCAUCCGAAUGGUUCAGUCGAGAAUGGGAGUAAUCAACAGCAUGCAGGAGCUGGUGCACUUUGCCGGCACCAUCGUCCAGGGAGAUGGCGAACUGACUGUGACCUUUGACCAGCUCAUGAAGGCUUUGCGGGACUUGUGGUUCCUUGAUUUUGCAUCAGGAAGCAAUCACCUCGAGGUGGACACAUUGGUGAGGGUCCAUGAUCGGCGCAGGGGCACUGUGACCAAGAUCCAUGUGGAUAAGACCAAGCCUGAAGGAAAUCCUCAUCGCCAAAAGAUUGAGGUGGACUUUGACGAGAAAGAUUUUCAGGACCCAUCAAUGAAGGGGACCUUUGAUGCCUGGGAUGUGUCAGUUCGUCCGUCAGUCCCCUCAAUUCCGCGCUUCCUGGUGCCAAAGACCAUCCUGAGCUUGGUCUCAACACUUCAAUUUGAGGCUGAUGCUGCAAAGAAAGCCAUCCUUCCAUAUGCAGAAGGUCUUCGAGCCUUUUUCCGCUGGAAAAAACCAAAGUGGAUGGCCUUGGUUUUGCUCGUACUCCUUUUUAGGGCCUACAUCUCCUUCGAGGGCUUCCUCGAUGAGCACAGCUGGUGUCAUAUUGCAAUCCGUGUCAUGACCAUUCUACGAAACGUGCUGCUGGGAGUACUGGUCCUGUUUGUGCUAUUUGGACAAGCAAAAAUUUGGAAGGUGGGACGCGGCCUGAUCCUUCUUGCUGUUAGCAAGACUUGUGAAAGUCGCCAGGCGCCAGACUGCUGGAAAUUUUACAAGCCACCUAAUGUGCCGUACCGCGUCACAGAAAAGCCCAAGGCUGAGUAAGACCAGGCACCGCAGAUGUCCUCUAGGACUCGGUUGUCCUCCCCAGUUUCUUGCUUUCGCGAAGCUUAGCAAGAUAGUGCACUUUCACAAGAUGAAGCCUCUCUUCUUUGGGGCUAUUUUUUCAAAGCCAUUUCACUGUGCAUUCGCCCUGCGAAGCUACUGCUGCACCAAGUUUACGGC